AAAUACAAGAUAUCUUUAAGUGGAAGAAAGAAGAAGAAUUUGGAGUUUUGUGUAGAAGAAAUUAAAAGCAAGAAAUGGGGAAUGACCAAUUACAAGUAUUAAAUGCACUUGACGUAGCUAAAACACAAUGGUAUCACUUUACAGCAAUCAUCAUCGCUGGAAUGGGAUUCUUCACUGAUGCAUAUGAUCUAUUUUGUAUUUCUCUUGUAACCAAAUUACUUGGAAGAAUAUAUUAUCAUGUUGAUGGUGCAUUAAAGCCAGGGACAUUGCCUCCAAAUGUUGCUGCUGCUGUUAAUGGCGUGGCAUUUGUUGGAACAUUAGCCGGACAACUCUUCUUUGGUUGGUUGGGUGACAAAAUGGGAAGAAAAAGGGUUUAUGGCAUGACUCUAAUGCUAAUGGUUAUAUGUUCUAUAGGCUCAGGACUUUCUUUUGGCCACAAUUCUCAUUCUGUCAUGACUACGCUUUGCUUCUUUCGAUUCUGGCUCGGUUUCGGUAUUGGUGGUGAUUAUCCUCUUUCGGCAACGAUCAUGUCGGAGUAUUCUAAUAAGAAGACCCGUGGUGCAUUCGUUGCUGCAGUUUUUGCUAUGCAGGGGUUUGGAAUUUUGGGUGGAGGUAUGUUUGCUAUUAUCAUAUCUUUGGGAUUUAAGGCUAAGUUUGAUGCUCCACCUUACGAAGUUGAUCCAAUUAAAUCAACUGUGCCACAAGCUGAUUUUAUUUGGAGGAUAGUUCUAAUGGUUGGAGCUCUUCCUGCUGCUCUUACUUACUAUUGGAGAAUGAAAAUGCCUGAAACAGCACGAUACACGGCUCUUGUCGCGAAAGAUACAACUCAAGCUGCAUCAGAUAUGUCUAAAGUUUUGCAAAUGGAGAUUGAGGCAGAAGCACAAAAGCCUGCUGCUCAAACUCCAAAGGAAAAUGCGAGCCCAAGUGCAUAUGGCUUGUUCUCUAAAGAGUUUUUGCAUCGCCAUGGAACUCAUUUACUUGGAACUACAAGUACUUGGUUUUUACUUGAUAUUGCAUUCUACAGUCAAAACUUGUUUCAAAAAGAUAUCUUUAGUGCAAUUGGAUGGAUUCCUCCAGCAGCCACUAUGAAUGCAAUUGAAGAAGUUUUUAGAAUAGCCAGAGCUCAAACACUCAUUGCUCUCUGUAGUACUGUCCCUGGCUAUUGGUUCACAGUGGCUUUCAUUGACAAAAUGGGAAGAUUUGCCAUUCAACUCAUGGGAUUCUUCUUCAUGACCGUCUUCAUGUUUGCUUUAGCCAUUCCCUACCAUCAUUGGACUCUAAAAGACAACCGAAUUGGCUUCGUGGUCCUCUACUCACUAACGUUCUUCUUUGCAAAUUUUGGACCGAAUGCAACAACUUUCGUCGUCCCAGCUGAAAUCUUUCCAGCACGAUUUCGUUCUACUUGUCACGGUAUAUCAUCGGCAUCCGGGAAGCUUGGAGCUAUGGUGGGUGCAUUUGGCUUUCUAUAUUUGGCUCAAAACCCGGACAAGAACAAAACAGAUGCAGGAUAUCCUCCUGGCAUUGGUGUCAAGAACUCGCUUCUAUUGUUGGGUGGACUUAACUUUUUGGGAAUUUUGUUUACUUUUCUUGUGCCUGAAGCUAAGGGAAAAUCAUUGGAAGAAAUGUCCGGUGAGAAUGAAGAUGGAACCAUUGGGGAAAUGGGGGGUCAAACAUCUUCUAGUGCUACAGUUUCACAUGUUUAAAGGUUCAAUAUAUGAAAUUAUGGUUAGAAUAAAGUUUUAUCAACGUACGUUAGAAUCGGAAGUCUAGGAAGUUGGAGCAAAGAGUGAAGUUCUGAAGUCCGGAAAGUAAACUUCUAGAACCUAUGGCUUAAAGAAGUUAAAACAAAUAAGAAGCGGUGUUUGCAUGUAUCAUUAAUUUACAUGUUAAUGUAUUCUAAUGGAUGAACUCGUUUG